UUUACUAUGAUUUCGAAUUUUGGACAAAAGAUUUCAUCUUUAUUAUUUUCUGAAGGUUCUAAACGCUUUUUGCCAAUUCAUGCAACGUCAAUUAAUUAUCAAAAUGUUAAAGAAGGUGGGGGAAAUAAAUUUGAAGAAGGCAAAAAUAAGUCAACUGAAAAAGGUAUAAGUGAUAUAUUGUCGAGUGGUGAAGGUUUUGCUAUGCCUUUCAAAACUGAAGUAACGCCCGAGUUAGUUCCGCAUCAUCAUUAUAAGGAUUGGAAUAAAAGCAAACGUACAGUUUCUAGAAACAUGCCUACACUAAAUCUUCUUGAAAAAGAAGAAAUUGAAGGAACAACUGGAAGUUCAACUCUUCUUUCAAUUGCAACAUCUCGAGUAGAUGAACAAAUGCCAUCUUUAGCAACAUUGAAACAACUUUUUGGAGGGGUUCCAUAUGAAAGGUUACCAAUUGUAAUUAUUAAUGCUAAAUAUACAAAUACAAAAAUAUGUGUUACUGAUCAUCAGAAAACUACUCUAGCUGGACAAGCAACUGGAGCUGCUGCAGCUGCAAGAAUGAUUCGAAGAGGAAUAAGAAUAGCUAGAAUAGUUGUUAAAGGUAUUGGACCUGGAAGAAUGACAGCUGUUAAAGGACUAGCUACAGGAGGAAUUGAAGUAGUUUCGAUAACUGAUAGAACUGCACUUCCAGAAUUGGGUCCUAGACCAAGAAAGAUAAGAAGGGUUUAA